AUGCUGUUAAAAAAAGGGUCUUCAAAAGUUCGAAAAUCCUCCAAAGUCGAUAAUGGAAUAGUUGCAUUGGUGAAAUCAGUGGGUAGUUUAAUGGGACCCGAGAUAGCUAUCAACGUAAAGAUGGAAACUUGGCAGCUCGUCAAGUGGGAUGGCUCGAGCGGCACCUGGAAAGAGCACGACCAAGAAAUCAACACGUGGUGCCCUUCGAAAUUCUUAAUCAUGUGCUUGAACACAAUUCAAAAUGGGGUUCAAGUGGAGAUGCCUCUGUUUGCGAGUUCGUGGGGGCUCGAGUUUUGGAAUAGCUAUGCCAAUGGGAGUGACUUGGUAGAUGUUGAUGAUGAUGCCAAUGAUGGAGGUUGUAAAAGGGUGGAGAAAAUAGCUUGGGUUUUAUCGGCUGCUGCCGAUAAAAUCUCGAUGAAGGAGAAAGAGGGUGUGUCGUUCGACGGCCCUUUCCUUUUGUAUAUUGUGCCUUCGCAGGAGAAAACAUACGAGGUAAGCCAAAUUUGCAAGUUUUUGGAAGUGGUCGGGAUACAGACUCUGGCUUUGCAUUCUGGUGCGUCGAUAGAACAUCAAAUUCACAGCUUGAAGAGUUAUGAGCCAGAGUUUGUUGUGUCCACACCUGAGAGACUUUUGGAGCUUUUGUCCUUAAAGGCAGUAAACUUAUCCGAUGUUUCCUUAAUGAUUGUUGAUGGACUAGAAGAUCCACUUGACGACACUACUUACUUAAAUGCACUUCAAUCUAUCCGGCAGUCCAUCACCGGAAAUCCUCAGACCGUUGUUUUCUGCAACAGCAAAUAA